CUAACUCCAUUCAUUAUUGUCCACAAGCGAAACAACACAUCACACAAUGAACAUGACCACUUCGUGUUCUUCUCCUUCUUCCCCGCGACUCUUCGCCACCAAACCUCAACUCUACAAAGCUCCUCUCUCGUCCUUCUCAACUCCAAAACGCCGUCGUUCUCCCGCUCGCCGUAACAGAAACUCCAAUGACUCAACUUACAGCGACAGCAAUCUUCUUACAAUCUCCACUUAUUCUUCCUAUGAAGAACAAAGCCUAAGCUUAACCCUAGACGUCAACCGUAUCUCCUCCCUAGCUACCUCCCGCUUCAAGCUCUUUCUCGAUUCAGGGAAAGACGCCGUCUCCGACUUGCAAACUCUAGUCUCGCUAGACGACAACAAGCGCGUCGUCGUCACGUGCAGGAAAUCAACUAUGCAGUUCGUUGGAGGUGUUGUCUUGCUUGGACUCGUGUUUGGUUUUGCUAUUAAGGUUCUUGUCCACUUAGGAACAGCUUUUAAGGGUGGUUUACAAGGUAGACCCAAGUUAGUAGUUAGGAGAGAUAGGAGUCUUGGUGGUAAGGAAGUGGUUGUAGCUGUUGAUACCAUUCGUUCAUCUUCUUCAAGCUCCAUAGCUUCUUCGUCUGGUCAGGCUUCUAGAAGUAACUCUGUAGCUAGAACCCUCAAGCAUAGAGCUCAGAACAAUUUGCCGAAAUGGUGGCCUGCUUCAUUGCCUAGUCAGAGCUUGGAAGUAGACAAAGAAGACUAUCAGAGAGAAGCCAACAGAAUCGUUCGAGCAAUCGUGGAUAACAGAACCAGUGGAAGGGACAUCACGGAGAAUGAUAUCAUUCAACUGCGUAGAGUAUGUAGGAUUGCUGGAGUUAAAGUCUCUAUUGAGCCAACAAAUACUCGAGAUUCCUUUUACAGAACAUCUGUUGACUUUGUCCUAAAUGCUUGCAGCAGAGCUCCUUGGGAGUCUUCUUCUGUGGAGAUUUGUAGUGAAGAUGCUCGAGAGUUCAUCGCUGGGCUUGCUGAGAACAUUGGGCUUGCAAAGAUAGAUGCUGCAAGGAUGGUUUCUGCUGCUGUUGCUGCACGCACACGUUCAUGGUUUCUACAAGCUUGGGCUCUGGAAAUACAGGGUAAACAUUCUGAAUCGGUGGCAGAACUAUCGAAAAUAUGCCUCAUUCAUCGCAUAUUUCCUCCUGAGGAGUACUCUGCUGAGAUGGAAAUGGUGGCAAGAGGGCUGGAGAAACUCAUGAAGCUGGAAGAGAGACAGUCUCUAAUGAGAACGUUUGUUGGAAUGUGUUGCAGUGAAGAGAGUCAGAGAAGUGCUGCUGAAGCUCUUGGUUUGAUUCCCUCGUAGUUAAACAACUUCUUCUACGCCAUUUUUUUCAACUUCUUAGUGACAAUUUAAAACAAACCCUUUUCAUACACUUGUGUUCUAAUCAACUUAACAGAGUGAUUUUUAAUUAGAUGACACAAGUUAUAGAAACAUUUUUUUAGUCCUA